UGAAACUCGAGCAGGCUGGAGCCAGAUUGGCUGUGCUAGCCACAUGAGUAAUUAGGAGCUGAUGCACCAGGCUUGCUCUCACCCAGUGCUGCUCAGGAGGGAAGACUGGAGAGGCUUUGCUCCUAAGGAUAUUUACUAGAUGUUGCUGGUCUGAAGAAAAGAGAGAAAAAAGCCACAAGAACUGAAAAAAAAAAAAACCCAAACCCAGAGCAUCUGUAUAGGCUAAUGCUGGGAAGACAGAAAUUGCCUCCUUAACCUAAGUGAGUGGGGGAGAGACAGAAUACCACCCUCAAAAUGGAGGAAGAAGAAUAUGAAGAAGUUGUGGAGUACUACAUUGAAGAGACAAUCAUUGAGGAGGGUGAACCACAUGAGGUGGUCACUGAGGUCACUGAGACCAUUAGCACAGACUUCACAGGUCCUAAAACUACCACCACCUAUACUGUUGAGCGUGAAAAACCUUCUGUUGAGGAUGCAGCACCUCCAGUCAGAAAGAAGACAAUACGGACAAAAGUGGACCCAUCUAAGUUUUUGACGCCUUAUCUGCAACAUAGUAAUAAAAUGAAGGACCUAUUCAGUGAGAACAAGUACAAAGAAAAAUUUAGAAAAGAAAAAGGAAAGCCAUAUGCUUCCACAAUUGAUACCCCAGAAAUUCGAAGAAUCAAGAAAGUGCAAGACCAGCUCAGUGAGGUUAAAUACCGCAUGGCUGGUGAAGUUGCCAGAACUAUUUGCCACGUUGAUGAAAAGGCCAAGGAUAUAGAACAUGCAAAGAAGGUGUCACAGCAAGUGAGCAAGGUGUUAUAUAAACAGAACUGGGAGGAGAAUAAGGACAAGUACCUGCUUCCCCCUGAUGCUCCAGAGCUUGUGAAUGCAAUAAAAAACACAGCAAUGUUCAGUAAGAAACUGUAUACCGAAGACUGGGAAGGAGACAAAACAUUAUUCUAUCCAUACAAUGACAGUCCAGAGCUCAGAAGGGUGGCACAGGCUCAAAAGACUCUGAGUGAUAUUGUCUACAAAAAAGGACAUGAUGAACGAAAAUCUAAAUAUACUUCUCUGCCAGAUCCACCUGAUGUGGUACAAGCCAAGAAAGUGACAAGGCAGCUGAGUGAUAUUAUUUACCACGAGGACUAUAAAAACAAGAUCAAAGGCAAGUGGAGUCAAACUCCGUGCUAUGAUGUUGCAAUUGCAAAAAUGAAUGCAGAAAAUAUAAGUAUGAGAAAAUACCAGGAAGACUUUGAAAACAUGAAAGACCAAAUCUACUUUAUGCAGACUGAAACUCCAGAAUAUGAAGCUAAUAAGCGAGUUUCAAAUAAUGUCAGUAAGACAAAAUACAGAGCAGACUAUGAAAAGAACAAAGCUAUUGCAGAUUAUAAUGUGCUUCCUGCUACAGAGAACCCAUUGCUGAGGCAAUUAAAAGCUGCAGGAGAUGUGCUGAGUGAUAAAUUAUACAAAGAAGCCUAUGAACGAUCAAAAGGAAACAGCAUGAAUUACUGUGACACACCAAAGUUCCAGACUGAUACUGUUCUGAAGAAUUUUAGUGAUGUAAAAUAUAAAGAUGCAUAUCAAAAGAAUAUUUUAGGACACUAUUUGGGCAGCUUUGAGGAUCCACAUUAUACACACUGCAUGGAAGUUGAAGCUAUGAAGAGUGAUAAAAAUUACAAAGCAGAUUAUGAGGAGGAAAAGACAAAAUGCUACUUCCCUCAGACAAUAACUCAGGAGUACGAAGCUAUUAAGAAGUUAGAGCAGUGUAAAGAUCACACCUACAAAAAGCAUCCUGAUCAAACCAAAUUUACUCAAGUGACUGACUCUCCAGUACAGAAGCAAGCAGAGAUCAAUAGCAAACAGCUGAGUGAUAUAACGUAUAAAUCCAAAGGUGAAGAAAUUAUUCACAAGUACCACCUCCCUCCAGAUGUUCCCCAGUUUAUACAGGCUAAAGUUAAUGCCUACAAUAUUAGUGAUAACUAUUACAAAAUGGGAUUGGAAGAAUUAAAAUCAAGGGGAUAUGAUCUAAAAAGUGAUGCUAUUCCUAUCCGAGCUGCCAAGGCUGCUAGGCAGGCUGCCAGUGAUGUUGACUAUAAAAAAGCCUAUGAACUUGCCAAGGGUAAACUCAUUGGCUUCAAGAGCCUCCAAGAUGAUCCCAAACUCGUUCAUUAUGUGAAGGUAGGCAAAAUGCAGUCUGAGCGAGAGUACAAGAAAGAUUAUGAAAAAACAAAAACUAAGUACAACGUUCCACUGGAUAUGGUCAAUGUGGUCGGUGCCAAGAAGGCUCAAGAGAUUGCCAGCAAUGCUAAUUAUAAGAACCUCCUACACCACUAUACUUAUUUACCAGAUGCAAUGAAUGUGGAGCUGACCAAAAAUAUGAUGGAGAUUCAGAGUGAUAAUGCGUACAAAGCAGAUUAUAAUAACUGGAUGAAAGGCAUUGGUUGGAUCCCCAUUGGCUCCCUAGAAGUAGAAAAGGCUAAAAAAGCUGGAGAUGCCUUGAAUGAAAAGAAAUAUCGUCAGCAUCCAGACACCAUUAAAUUUACAAGUGUGGUGGACUCUCCAGUAAUGGUCCAAGCCAAACAGAAUUCAGUUCAACUCAAUGAUAAACUAUACAGAUCUUCUGGAGAGGAAGUUAAACAUAAAUAUACUCUUACCCCAGAUGUCCCACAGUUUAUCCAAGCUAGAUACAAUGCAGCUAACGUCAGUGAUGCAUAUUAUAAACAAGGCUACCAUGAUCUAAUAGCUAAAGGGAACAAUGUGUCACUUGAUGCUAUUCCAAUUACUCUAGCCAAGGCUUCAAGAAACAUUGCUAGUGAUUAUAAAUAUAAAGAAGCAUAUGAAAAGGCUAAAGGGAAACAGGUUGGUUUCAGAAGCCUGCAAGAUGACCCUAAGCUUGUCCACUACAUGAAUGUAGCAAAGAUUCAGUCUGAGCGCGAGUACAAGAAAGACUAUGAGAAGACCAAGACUAACUAUCAUACACCUCCUGACAUGUACAGUAUCCAGGCUGCUAAACAGUCUCAGGAUGUAGCUUCUAAUGCCCACUACAAAAAUCUGAUCCAUCACUACACGUACCUGCCAGAUGCCAUGGAUGUUGAGCUUGCAAAGAACAUGAUGCAAAUUCAGAGUGAUAAUGCAUACAAACAGGAAUAUAACAGCUGGUUCAAGGGUAUUGGAUGGAGUCCUCUCGGUUCUCUGGAUGUUGAAAAAGCUAAAAAGGCUGGAGAUGCAUUAAAUGAAAAGAAAUACCGUCAGCACCCAGACACCAUCAAAUUUACAAGCAUACCGGAUUCAAUACCAAUGGUUUUAGCUCAGCACAACACCAAGCAACUGAGUGAUGUAACAUAUAAGCAAGAGGGUGAAAAAGUGAAACACAAAUACACCCUGGAUCCUGACGUUCCUCAGUUUAUUCAAGCCAGGGUCAACGCCUUCAAUUUGAGUGAUGCUAACUACAAAGCAGACUGGAAAAAAACCAUUGCCAAAGGAUAUGAUCUGAAACCAGAUGCUAUUCCUAUUAUUGCUGCUAAAGCUUCUCGAAAUAUUGCAAGUGAUUACAAGUACAAGGAAUCAUAUGAGAAAGAUAAAGGCAAACAGGUUGGAUACCGUAGCCUGCAGGAUGAUCCUAAACUUGUUCAUUACAUGAAUGUGGCCAAAAUGCAAUCAGACCGUGAAUACAAGAAAGACUACGAAGUCACCAAGACCAAAUAUCAUACUCCUUUGGAUAUGUUCAGCGUGACAGCUGCCAAGAAAGCCCAGGAAGCAGUUACAAACACUGGCUAUAAACAGCCAAUUCACAGUUAUACACUCUUGCCUGAUUCUGUGAGUCUGGAGCUAUCAAGAAAUGUGAUGCAGCUUCAGAGUGAUAACGUGUACAAAGCAGACUUUAAUAACUGGUUGAGAGGAGUUGGCUGGAUACCAAUUCAGUCACUGGAUGUAGAAAAGGCAAAAAAAGCUACAGAGAUUCUCAGUGAAAAGAAUUAUCGCCAGCACCCAGACAAGCUGAAGUAUUCUAUUACAAUGGAUGCAAUGGAACAAGUGCUAGCUAAGCAAAAUGCCAAGACCAUGAAUAAGAGGCUCUACACGGAUAAAUGGAACAAAGAGAAGACUAGCAUUCACGUUAUGCCAGAUACUCCAGAAAUUCUGCAGUCUAGAGUGAACCAGAUCACAAUGAGUAAUAAACUAUACAAAGCUGGAUGGGAGGAAGACAAGAAGAAAGGUUAUGACAUGCAGCCAGAUGCUAUUCCAAUAAAAGCAGCCAAAGCCUCCAGAGACAUUGCAAGUGAUUAUAAAUACAAACUAGCCUACGAAAAAGAGAAAGGAAAGCAUAUUGGGUUCCGCAGCCUCGAAGACGACCCCAAGCUGGUGCACUUCAUGCAGGUGGCUAAAAUGCAAUCUGACCGUGAAUACAAAAAAGAUUAUGAGAAGUCAAAGACUAAUUUCCAUACGCCAGUUGACAUGGUCAGUGUUGUGGCAGCCAAGAAAGCACAGGAAGUGGCUACAAAUGCAAACUACAAAAGCUUGAUCCAUACCUACAAUGUUUUGCCUGAUGCUAUGAGUCUUGAAUUGGCCAAAACCAUGAUGCAGAUCCAAAGUGAUAAUCAAUACAGAGCAGAAUAUGAUGAAAGUAUGAAGGGUGUUGGAUGGAUGCCACUGGGCUCCCUGGAAGCUGAGAAGAACAAAAAAGCGAUGGAAAUCGUUAGUGAAAAGAAGUAUCGCCAGCAUCCAGACAAGUUGAAGUAUUCUGUUCCUAUGGAUUCCAUGAACAUGGUCUUAGCUUUAAAUAAUGCUAAAAUGAUGGAUGAGCAUAAGUACAAACAAGCAUGGGAAGAAGACAAAAAGAAAGUUCACAUCACACCAGAUAUUCCACAGAUUGCUUUAGCAAAAGUUAAUGCAUUUAAUUUAAGUGAUAAAAUGUACAGACUUUCAUUUGAAGAAUCUAGGAAGAAAGGGUAUGAUCUCAGAGCUGAUGCUAUCCCUAUUAAAGCUGCCAAAGCUUCUAGGGAUAUUGCUAGUGAUUACAAAUACAAAUUAGGUUAUGAACAAGACAAGGGAAAACUUGUAGGCUUCCGCAGCCUUCAGGAUGAUCCCAAACUUGUCCAUUAUAUGCAAGUGGCUAAGAUGCAGUCUGAUCGUGAAUACAAGAAAGCUUAUGAGAUGAGCAAGACACAUUACCAAACGCCUUCUGAUACACUCAGCAUUGUGGCAGCUAAGGAGGCACAAGAUCGUGUAACCAAUACUAACUACAAACGACUGAUUCACAACUAUAUGCUUCUGCCAGAUGCAAUGAGUUUAGAACUGUACAGAAACAUGAAUCAGAUACAAAGUGAUAAUGAGUACAAGCAGGAUUACAAUGAGUGGUUCAAGGGUGUCGGUUGGAGUCCUGCUGGUUCUCUGGAUGUGGAGAAAUCUAGGAAAGCCACAGAAAUUGCAAGUGAUCAGAAAUACCGCCAGCAUCCCAGCAUGUUCCCCUUUACAAAACAGAAUGAUGCCAUGGACAUGGUCCUUGCAAAGCAGAAUGCAAAUAUAAUGAACAAACAUGCUUAUACUCAAGCUUGGGAGAAGGAUAAAAUUCAAGUUCAUGUGAUGCCAGAUACACCAGAUAUUCUACAAGCAAAACAGAACAAGGCGAACUACAGUCAGAAACUGUACAAGCUUGGCUGGGAGGAAAUGAUAAAGAAAGGCUAUGACCUCACACCUGAAGCCAUUUCAGUCAAAGCUGCUAAAGCUUCAAGGGACAUUGCAAGUGACUACAAGUACAAAGAAGGUUACCGCAAGCAGCAGGGACAUCACAUUGGAUUCCGCAGCUUACAGGAUGAUCCUAAGAUGAUGUGGUCUAUGCAAGUAGCUAAGAUGCAGAGCGAGAGGGAGUACAAGAAAGAUUUUGAAAAGUGGAAGACAAAGUUUAAUAUGCCCGUGGAUAUGUUAGGCUUCCUUCUGGCUAAGAAAUGUCAGGAACUGGUUAGUGAUAUAGACUACAAACACAUGCUACACCGCUGGACUUGUCUGCCAGACCAGAAUGAUGUCACCCAGGCAAAGAGGGUCUACGAACUACAGAGUGAUAAUCUGUAUAAGUCAGAUCUACAAUGGCUCAGAGGCCUUGGAUGGAGUCCUUUGGGAUCUUUGGAAUCUGAAAAGAACAAGAAAGCUUCUGAAAUACUGAGUGAAAAGAAGUACCGGCAGCACCCAGACACUAUUAAGUUCACAAGUAUCCCAGAUGCCAUGGAUAUAAUUUUAGCAAAAUCUAACGCCAAAAAUAGAAGUGAUAUACUGUAUAGAGAAGCUUGGGACAAGGACAAGACUCAGGUUCACAUCAUGCCUGAUACUCCUGAAAUUUUGCUGGCUAAAUCAAACUUAAUUAACACAAGCGAUAAACAUUACAAAUUAGGAUAUGAAGAGCUGAAGAGGAAAGGUUAUGAUCUUCCUCCCGAUGCUAUACCCCUCAAGUCAGCAAAGGCAUCCAGAGACAUAGCUAGUGAAUACCAAUACAAAACUGCGUACCGAAAGCAGCUUGGCCACCACAUAGGGGCCCGUAACAUAGAGGAUGAUCCGAAGAUGGUGUGGUCGAUGCACGUGGCCAAGAUCCAGAGUGACAGGGAGUACAAGAAAGCCUUUGAGAAGUCAAAGACACACUUCAGUAGCCCAGUGGACAUGCUGGGAAUCGUGUUGGCCAAGAAAUGUCAGGAGCUGGUCAGCGACAUUGAUUACAAGCACCCUCUGCAUCGGUGGACCUGUCUGCCGGACCAGAACGAUGUUGUACAAGCCAGGAAAGUGUACGACCUCCAGAGUGAUGUAAGUUAUUCUUUACUGGCAUCCGCCCUUCUGUGGCGGAGGGGCAUUGGCUGGUCCCCAAGUGGUUCGCUGGACGAUGAGAAGAAUAAGAGGGCGAGCCUCAUCCUGAGUGACAAGAAGUAUCGGCAACACCCGGACACCAUCAAAUUCACGAGCGCUCCUGACUCGAUGCCUAUGGUGCUGGCAAAGCACAACUCUGAAAUUAUGAACCAACGCUCGUACACAUCAGCCUGGGAGAAAGAUAAAACCAGCGUUCACAUUAUGCCGGAUACACCUGGUAUUUUGCUAGCCCAGCAGAACCAAGCGAACUUCAGUGAGAAACUGUACAAGCUUGCGAUGGAGGAAGAGAAGAAAAAGGGCUACGACAUGCGGGCAGAUGCCAUUCCUAUCAAGUCUGCUAAAGCUUCCAGGGACAUUGCAAGUGAUUACAAGUAUAAGGAAGGCUAUCGCAAGCAGCUUGGCCACCACAUAGGGGCCCGUAACAUAGAGGAUGAUCCGAAGAUGGUGUGGUCGAUGCACGUGGCCAAGAUCCAGAGUGACAGGGAGUACAAGAGAGCCUUUGAGAAGACGAAGACACACUUCAGUAGCCCAGUGGACAUGCUGGGAAUCGUGUUGGCCAAGAAAUGUCAAGGGUUGGUCAGCGAUAUUGAUUACCGUCACUAUCUACAUGAAUGGACUUGCCUGCCGGACCAGAAUGAUGUUAUCCAUGCUAAGAAGGCCUAUGAUCUGCAGAGUGAUAACUGCUACAAGUCUGACCUUGAAUGGUUGCGGGGCAUUGGUUGGGUCCCAAUUGGUUCCUUGGACGUUGAAAAAGCCAAGAAGGCGGGAGAGAUCUUGAGUGAUAAAAUAUACCGUCAGCCUCCAGACACAAUCAAGUUUACUAGCGUCACUGAUUCUCCAGAGAUGGUCUUAGCCAAGCAGAAUGCAGAGACAAUGAAUAAGCGUUUAUAUACUGAGGCUUGGGAUAAUGACAAGACACAAAUCCACAUAAUGCCUGACACACCUGAAAUUACACUGGCAAAACAGAACAUGCAAAACUACAGUGUGAAACUCUACAAACAGGCCAUGGAAGAAGCAAAAAAGAAAGGCUAUGAUUUAAGAAGUGAUGCUAUCCCCAUUCAAGCUGCCAAAGCAUCCAGGCAAAUUGCCAGUGACUACAAAUACAAAGAAGGCUAUCGCAAGCAGCUUGGCCACCACAUAGGGGCCCGUAACAUAGAGGAUGAUCCGAAGAUGAUGUGGUCGAUGCACGUGGCCAAGAUCCAGAGUGACAGGGAGUACAAGAAAGCCUUUGAGAAGACGAAGACACACUUCAGUAGCCCAGUGGACAUGCUGGGAAUCGUGUUGGCCAAGAAAUGUCAAGGGUUGGUCAGCGAUAUUGAUUACCGUCACUAUCUGCAUCAGUGGAUCUGUCUGCCAGACCAGAAUGAUGUUAUCCAUGCUAAGAAGGCCUAUGACCUACAGAGUGAUAACUGCUACAAGUCUGACCUUGAAUGGUUGCGGGGCACUGGUUGGGUCCCAAUUGGUUCCUUGGAUGUUGAAAAAGCCAAGAAGGCGGGAGAGAUCUUGAGUGAUAAAAUAUACCGUCAGCCUCCAGACACAAUCAAGUUUACUAGCGUCACUGAUUCUCCAGAGAUGGUCUUAGCCAAGCAGAAUGCAGAGACAAUGAAUAAGCAUUUAUACACUGAAGCAUGGAAUAAAGAUAAGACCAUGGUUCACGUCAUGCCUGACACACCAGAAAUCCUGCUAGCUAAACAAAACCAAUUAAACUACAGUCAGAAAAUGUACAGACUAGCUUUGGAGGAAUCAAAGAAGAAGGGUCAUGAUUUGCGUUUUGAUGCCAUUCCUAUUCAAGCUGCCAGAGCAUCCAGAGAGAUUGCCAGCGAUUACAAAUACAAAGAAGGCUAUCGCAAGCAGCUUGGCCACCACAUAGGGGCCCGUAACAUAGAGGAUGAUCCGAAGAUGAUGUGGUCGAUGCACGUGGCCAAGAUCCAGAGUGACAGGGAGUACAAGAAAGCCUUUGAGAAGACGAAGACACACUUCAGUAGCCCAGUGGACAUGCUGGGAAUCGUGUUGGCCAAGAAAUGUCAAGGGUUGGUCAGCGACAUUGAUUACCGUCACUAUCUGCAUCAGUGGAUCUGUCUGCCGGACCAGAAUGAUGUUAUCCAUGCUAAGAAGGCCUAUGACCUACAGAGUGAUGCUGUUUACAAAUCAGACCUGGAAUGGCUAAGAGGUAUUGGAUGGGUUCCUAUUGGUUCCAUGGAAGUCGAGAAAGCCAAGAAAGCUGGAGAAAUCCUGAGUGAAAGGAAGUAUCGUCAACCAGCAGACCAAAUUAAAUUUACUAGUGUGACAGAUUCUUUGGCCAUGGUCUUAGCCAAGCAAAAUGCUGAGAUAAUGAACAAGCGUUUAUACACAGAAGCCUGGGAUGCAGACAAAACAUCAAUUCACGUCAUGCCUGACACGCCGACAAUUUUGUUAGCGAAGGCCAAUGCAGCUAAUGUUAGCCAUAAACUUUAUAUACAAGCCUGGGAAGAGGCCAAAAAGAAGGGUUAUGACAUGAGAGCUGAUGCAAUUCCAAUCCGAAGUGCAAAGGCAUCAAGGGAUAUUGCGAGUGAUUACAAGUACAAAGAAACGCACGAGAAGCAGAAAGGCCACUACAUUGGGUGCCAAACUGCCCAGGAGGAUCCCAAGCUGUCGUGGGCUGCGCGUGCCAUGUUGCUGCAGAACGACCGACUUUACAGGAAGGCGUACCAUGAUUCAAAGGCCCAGGUCCACAUACCAGUCGACGCGAUGUCAGUGCAGGCAGCCAAGGAGUGCCAGACGCUAGUCAGUGAUGUUGACUACCGCCAGUACCUUCACCAGUGGACCUGUCUGCCUGACCAGAAUGACGUGAUCCAUGCAAGGAAGGCCUACGACCUACAGAGCGAUAAUGUGUACAAGUCAGACCUGGAGUGGUUGCGAGGCGUCGGCUGGUUGACAGAAGGUUCUGUGGAUGUGGUGAAAGCAAAGAAAGCCCAGGAACUCCUGAAUGAGAGGUUGUACCGCACGCGGCCGGAGGAGAUGAAAUUCACUAGCAUUACUGACACGCCAGACGUUGUCCAGGCUAAGAUCAAUGCUUUGCAGAUCAGUGACCAUCUGUAUCGUGAAGCCUGGGAUAGAGAUAAGACGCAGAUUUCCAUACCUUCUGAUACUCCUGUAAUGCUGCAGUCCAAAGCCAAUGCUCUCAACAUCAGCAAUAAACAUUAUCAGAAGGCCUGGGACGAGGCCAAGGCGAAAAGCUAUGACAUAAGAGCUGAUGCCAUUCCCAUCAAACACGCCAAGGCUUCCAGAGACAUUGCUAGUGAGUACAAGUACAAAGAAACGCACGAGAAGCAGAAAGGCCACUACAUUGGGUGCCAAACUGCCCAGGAGGAUCCCAAGCUGUCGUGGGCUGCGCGUGCCAUGUUGCUGCAGAACGACCGACUUUACAGGAAGGCGUACCAUGAUUCAAAGGCCCAGGUCCACAUACCAGUCGACGCGAUGUCAGUGCAGGCAGCCAAGGAGUGCCAGACGCUAGUCAGUGAUGUUGACUACCGCCAGUACCUUCACCAGUGGACCUGUCUGCCUGACCAGAAUGACGUGAUCCAUGCAAGGAAGGCCUACGACCUACAGAGCGAUAAUGUGUACAAGUCAGACCUGGAGUGGUUGCGAGGCGUCGGCUGGUUGACAGAAGGUUCUGUGGAUGUGGUGAAAGCAAAGAAAGCCCAGGAACUCCUGAAUGAGAGGUUGUACCGCACGCGGCCGGAGGAGAUGAAAUUCACUAGCAUUACUGACACGCCAGACGUUGUCCAGGCUAAGAUCAAUGCUUUGCAGAUCAGUGACCAUCUGUAUCGUGAAGCCUGGGAUAGAGAUAAGACGCAGAUUUCCAUACCUUCUGAUACUCCUGUAAUGCUGCAGUCCAAAGCCAAUGCUCUCAACAUCAGCAAUAAACAUUAUCAGAAGGCCUGGGACGAGGCCAAGGCGAAAAGCUAUGACAUAAGAGCUGAUGCCAUUCCCAUCAAACACGCCAAGGCUUCCAGAGACAUUGCUAGUGAGUACAAGUACAAAGAAACGCACGAGAAGCAGAAAGGCCACUACAUUGGGUGCCAAACUGCCCAGGAGGAUCCCAAGCUGUCGUGGGCUGCGCGUGCCAUGUUGCUGCAGAACGACCGACUUUACAGGAAGGCGUACCAUGAUUCAAAGGCCCAGGUCCACAUACCAGUCGACGCGAUGUCAGUGCAGGCAGCCAAGGAGUGCCAGACGCUAGUCAGUGAUGUUGACUACCGCCAGUACCUUCACCAGUGGACCUGUCUGCCUGACCAGAAUGACGUGAUCCAUGCAAGGAAGGCCUACGACCUACAGAGCGAUGCUGUCUAUAAGUCAGACCUAGAAUGGCUCCGUGGAAUUGGCUGGUUGCCUAAUGACUCUCCGGAUGUUAAGAGAGUGAAGCAUGCCCAGGAACUCCUGAGUGAUAAUGUGUAUCGUACACCUAUUGAAAGCCUGAAAUACACCAGUAUUGUUGAUUCUCCAGACGUUCUUCUAGCUAAAGUGAAUGCCGAACAAGUCAGCAUUCCAAAAUACAAAGAAGCCUGGGAAAAGGACAAGACUAUGAUCCAUAUUUUGCCAGACACACCUGAAAUCAACCUAGCCAAGACUAAUGCUGUUAAUUACAGCCAGAAACUGUAUAAAGAAGCUUGGGAUGAGUUGAAGAUGAGUUGCGAUUUGAGAGCAGAUGCAAUCCCAAUCAAGGCAGCCAAAGCUUCUAGAGAAAUUGCUAGUGAUUACAAAUACAAACUGGAUCACGAGAAGCAGAAAGGACAUUAUGUUGGAGUUCCAAAUGCAAAAGCAGAUUCAAAAAUGCAGUUUGCCCUCGGCAUAGGCAAAGUUCAGAGUGAACUAGAAUACAAGAAACACUUUGCCAAAUGGAAGACACAGUGCCACCUACCAGUAGACAUGCUAUCUAUCCUAUCAGCUAAACAUGGUCAGUCUUUGGUCAGUGAUAUUGAUUACCGUCAUUACUUGCAUCAGUGGAUCUGUCUUCCAGAUCAGAAUGAUGUCAUACAGGCUAGAAAGGCCUACGAUCUUCAGAGUGAUGCUAUUUACAAAUCUGAUUUAGAAUGGCUACGGGGAAUUGGAUGGUUGCCAAAUGAUUCAGUUGGGAUCAACCAUGUCAAAUAUGCUGGAGAUCUCUUGAGUGAGAGAAAGUACCGUACAAAAGCCGAAACUCUUCCAUUUACUCCAGUGGCGGACAGAGUUGAUUAUAUCACAGCAAAGAAUAGUGGUGAAAUUCUUAGUGAUGUUAAAUACCACAAAGCAUGGAAUGAGGUCAAGUCAAAUUAUACUCUAACAGAUACACCACAGCUAGAUAUGGCCCGAGAGGCAGCCAGAAUUCUUAAUCAGAAUUUAUACAAGGAAAGUUGGGAGAAAGAAAAAGCCACUGGUUACCUCUUACCUCCUGACACUGUGCAGAUCUGUCAUGCCAAACACUCAAAUGAUGUCCAAAGUGAGCUUAAAUACAAAGCUGACUAUGUCAAACAAAGAGGUCACUAUGUUGGAGUUGCCAGUAUGAGAGAUGAUCCAAAACUGGUGUGGUUUGAGCAUGCAGGCGAGAUCCAGAAUGACAGAUUGUACAAAUCAGACUAUCACAAAACAAAGUCCAAAAUUCACAUCCCUCCGGAUACGAUGUCAGUUGUAGCAGCGAAGGAGUGUCAGACCUUGGUCAGUGAUAUUGACUACCGCCAAUACCUGCAUGAAUGGACAUGCCAUCCUGACCAGAACGACUGUAUUCAGGCAAGGAAGGCCUACGAUCUGCAAAGUGAUAAUAUUUAUAAAUCUGAUUUGGAAUGGCUUCGUGGCUGUGGUUGGAUUCCUCUGGAUUCAGUGGAACAUAAGAAAGUUAAGAAUGCACAAGAACUGGUAAAUAAGAGAGCAUACACAAAAGAAGCCCUUGAUAACUUUUCCAAUUAUACCAGUGUGGUUGACACUCCCGACAUUGUUUUGGCAAAGAUUAACUCUGUCAAUCAGAGUGAUCUAAAAUACAAAGAAACAUUUAACCUUGAGAAAGGCCAGUAUAUUGGGUCUGAUGAUACUCCUGCGCUGAACCAUGCCAAAGACAUGUCCUUACUAUACAGUGAUAAACUUUAUAAAAAUGCUUGGGAAAUUAGCAAGCCCAUUGGAUAUACUUUGGAUGAGAAAUAUAUUCCGCUUGUUGGAGCGAAGCAUGCAAACUACAUAAAUAGUGAGCUUAAAUAUAAGGAAAUAUAUGAGAAGCUGAAAGGCCAUUACCUGGCUGGGAAGGAGAUUGGUGAUUUCCCCAGCGUCAUUCAUUCGCUAGCAUUCCAGAAAAUAAGGAGUGCGUUGGCAUACAGAAAGAGUUAUGAAGACACCAAAGCAAAUGUCCAUAUUCCAAGUGACAUGAUGAAUCAUGUGCUAGCCAAGAAGUGCCAAUAUAUCCUCAGUGACCUUGAAUACCGAACUUACCUCCAUCAGUGGAAUUGUUCACCUGAAGAAAAUUGUGUUAUUCAAGCCAAAAAAGCCCAGGAAAUUUUGAGUGAUGUGGUGUAUAAAGAUGACUUAAAUUGGCUUAAGGGACUUGGAUGUUAUGUCUGGGAUACUCCACAAAUCCUGCAUGCUAAAAAAUCGUAUGACCUCCAGAGCCAAAUAAAAUAUACAGCUGCAGGAAAAGAGAACUUUCAGAACUUUGGUGUUGUUACUGACACACCUCUCUAUGUGACUGCAGUGCAGAGUGGUGUAAAUGCUAGUGAUGUGAAAUACAAGCUAGAUUACCACAAAACUAAGGACAAGUAUACAACUGUGACUGAAACAGUGGACACUGAAAGAGUUCAAAAUUUGAAACAUCUCUUUAGCAACAAUAUCUACAAGAAAGCCUGGGAAAAAGUGAAAGCUACUGGCUAUAUAAUGCCCUCUGAUGCUGUAUCCCUAGCACGUGCAAAAGAACUGAAGCAUAAUGCUAGUACUGUAAAAUACCGAGAAGAAUAUGACAAGUUUAAAGCACUGUACACGCUACCCAGAGGUGUUGAGGAUGAUCCCAAUACAGCAAGGUGCCUUAGAGUUGGAAAGCUUAAUAUUGAUCGUCUGUACAAGGAAGUCUAUGAAAAGAAUAAGGCCAAGGUCCACAUUAUUCCAGACAUGGUGGACAUAAUUUCUGCUAAGGAUGCACAGAAGAAAGUCAGUGAAAUCGAUUACCGCACACAUCUCCAUGAAUGGAUCUGUCUACCAGAUCUUCAAAUCAAUGCCCAUGUUCGAAAAGUAACUGAUCAACUCAGUGAUGUGGUAUACAAGGAUGAUCUUAACUGGCUGAAGGGCAUUGGCUGCUUUGUUUGGGACACUCCUGAAAUUCUCCAUGCCAAACAUGCCUACGAUCUUCGCAGUGAUAUUAAGUACAAAUCUAAGGCAGAAAAGAUGAAGAAUGACUACACUGUGGUCAUGGACACUCCCGUCUAUGUCCAGAAUGUCCUCAGUGGCUUGAAUUUAAGUGAAGCUGUCUAUCGUGGUGAAUAUAUGCACAAUGUUAAAGGCAAAAUUAUUCCUACUGAUAAAACAGUAGAUUUGGAGCGGGCAUAUCAUGCGAACAAAAUACAGAGUGAGAAUUUGUAUCGCUGGGCUGGUGUGAAUGCUCUACCUACUGGAUACAGCCUUCCCACAGAUACCCCGAGCUUUCAGCAUGCUAAACACGUCCAAUACAUUGGCAGUGAUCUGAAAUAUAAAGAAGCCUAUGAACACAUGAAAGCUAAAGGCUAUACUCUGGGACCUAAAGAUGUUGGGUUUGAAAAUGUGAAGAAAGUGAAUCAAGUCAUUAAUGAGAGGUUGUAUCGGGCAACAUACCACAAGUACAAGGACAAGAUUCAUACCACUCCAGACACACCAGAAAUCCGUCAAGUCAGAGCAACACAGGAAGCUGUCAGUGAUCUGAUCUACAAGUCAGAUUUCUUUAAGAUGCAGGGACACUUGAUUUCCUUGCCAUACACUCCUCAGGUGUUGCACUGCCGCUAUGUUGGGGAUAUCACAAGUGAUAAUAAAUACAAACAGGACCUGAAGUGGUUGAAGGGCUUGGGUUGCUUCCUGUAUGAUACUCCUGAUAUGGUCCGUGCUCGUCAGCUGCGUAAGCUUUGGUCAAAUUAUAUAUACACUGGUACCGCAAAGAAGAUGUGGGCUAAAUACAAUGUGGUAUUGGAUACUCCUGGAUACAGAACAGUUCAGGAACUGAAAACCCAUUUGAGUGAACUGGUUUACAGAGCUGCAGGCAAGGAACUGAAGACAAAAUACACUUCCAUCCUUGAUACACCUGACUUCUUAAGAGCCAAGCAAGGACAAAAAAUACAGAGCCAGUACUUGUACGUGGAACUUGCCACAAAAGAGAGACCCCAUCAUCAUGCUGGUGGUCAGACUCCAGCCUUUACACAUGCUAGGCAUGUAAAGGACAUGGUCAGUGAGAAAAAGUAUAAAACCCAGUAUGAGAAGAUGAAGGACAAAUACACUCCUGUCCCUGAUACACCAGUCUUGAUCAGAGCCAAGAGAGCAUACCUGAAUGCCAGUGAUUUGCGCUACAAAGAAACCUUUGAGAAUACUAAGGGCAAGUACCACACAGUGAAAGAUGCUUUGAAUAUUGUCUAUCAUCGAAAGGUUACCGAUGAUAUUAGCAGUGUGAAAUAUAAGGAAAAUUAUAUGAGCCAGUUAGGAAUCUGGAGAUCGAUCCCAGACCGUCCAGAGCAUUACCAUCAUCGCGCAGUCACGGAUGCUAUUAGUGAUGUUAAAUACAAGGAAGACUUAUCAUGGCUUAGAGGCACUGGCUGUUAUGCAUGGGAUACUCCAAGUUUUGCUCUGGCAGAAAAGAAUAAGGUGCUCUACAGUGGGUGUAAGUACAAGGAGAUAUUUGAGAAGACUAAGUCUCAUUUUAACUAUGUAGCUGACUCUCCAAUUAACAAGCAUUUUAAACAUGCAACUCAGCUGGUGGAUGGGAAAUUAUAUAAAGCUGCCUAUGAGAAGCUCAAAGAUAGGUACAGCGUUAUUGUGGAUGAUCCUAGGAACCUCCUGGCCAAGUGGGGGACCACACUGAGCAGUCAGGUUCAAUACAAAAAGGACUAUGAAAAGAAGAAAGACAAGUAUACUAUGGUUGUGGAUACUCCAGAACAUUUAAGGACUACGAAAGUCAACAAACAGAUUAGUGAUAUUAUUUACAAGUUGGAAUAUAACAAAGCGAAGCCUAAAGGCUAUACUACAAUCCAUGAUACACCUAUGUUAUUGCAUGUGCGCAAGGUCAAGGACAGAAUAAGUGAUCUGAAAUACAAAGAAGUGUAUGAGAGGAAUAAAUCUCACUGCAACGUCAUAGCAGAUUCAGUUCAUAUUAAGACUCCAAGGCAUGCUUACAAGCUAAACAGCAAUCUGGAUUAUAAGAAGAAAUAUGAAGCAGCCAAGGCCCGUUGGCACUGGAUUGCUGAUAGGCCUGACUUUGUUCAAGCAGCCAAGUCGUCUCUGCAACAGAGUGAUUAUGAAUACAAACUGGACCGGGAAUUCCUAAAGGGAUGCAAACUCUCUGUCACAGAUGAUAAAAACACAGUAUUGGCCUUAAAUAAUGCCAUCUUGGCGAGUGAUAUAAAAUACAAAGAGAAGCACAACAAAGCUCGAGGAACAUACCUUGUUGUUCCAGAUACACCUCAGAUCCUCCUGGCUAAGAAUGUCAGCUCUCUUGUAUCUGAGAACAAAUACAAAGAACAUAGCAAGAAGCAGCUUCCACGUGGGUCUUACACAACCCUGCCAGAGACACGAGACACUGCUCAUGUGAAAGAGGUGACCAAGAAUGUCAGUGAGACAAACUAUAAAAAGAAGUUUGUGAAGGAGAAAGGCAAGUCUAAUUAUUCUGUCAUGCUGGAGCCUCCUGAAGUGAAACAUGCCAUGGAAGUUGCUAAAAAACAGAGUACAAUUGAAUACAAGAAAGAUGCCAAGUCAAAGCUCCACUACACACCUAUAGCAGAUCGACCAGAUAUUAAGAAAGCAACUCAGGCUGCCAAGUUAAUUAGUGAUAUUGAAUAUAAAAAGCGUGGAGAAGCUGGCAUUGGCGUAACCAUGCUGGGACGUCCAGAUAUUGAAUUGGCAAAGGAGGUGUCCAAGCUAACUAGCCAGGUGAAAUACAAGGAGAAUUUUUCCAAAGAGAUGGGUAAAAAGCCAAAGUAUGAUUUAAAGGAGGCUAAAAUCUACAAGACGAUGAAAGAUGCUCACAACAUGGCUAGUGAGGUGAAAUACAAGGCGGAUUUAAAGAAACUUCAUAAGCCUGUCACAGACAUGUCUGAAUCGCUGAUCAUGAACCAUGUCCUGAGCACAAGCCAACUUGCCAGCGCUUACCAGUACAAGAAGCAAUAUGAGAAGAGUAAGGGUCACUACCAUGUGGUGCCAGAUAAUCUUGAGCAGGUUCAUCUAAGGGAGGCAUCAGAACUACAGAGCCACGUGAAAUACAGAGAAAAGUAUGAGAAGGAGAAAGGAAAACCUAUGUUGGACUUUGAAACUCCAACAUACCUUACUGCAAAGGAAUCUCAGCUCAUGCAGAGUGAGAAAGAAUAUAAGAAGGACUUUGAAGAGUCCAUUAAGGGCAGAAACCUUACUGGCUUGGAGAUUACACCAUCCUUAUUACAUGUCAAAUAUGCAACCAAAAUAGCAAGCGAGAAAGAGUAUAGGAAGGAUCUGGAGGAAGGUGUCAAAGGUAAAGGACUAACAGCUUUAGAGGAGACUCCAGACAUGUUAAGAGCGAAGAAUGCAACUCAAAUCCUGAACGAGAAAGCGUACAAAAAAGCCUUGGAAUUAGAAAUCAGAGGAAAAGGUCUGACAGAACUGGCUUUGGAGACACCAGAUUUUGUGAGAGCAAAGAAUGCCACUGACAUUGCCAGCCAGAUCAAAUACAAACAAUUGGCAGAAAUGGAGAAAGCCAACUACACCAGUGUUGUCGAUACUCCGGAGAUUAUUCAUGCCCAGCAGGUCAAGAACCUUUCAAGCCAGAAAAAGUAUAAAGAAGAUGCAGAAAGGACCAUGCCAUACUAUGUGCCUGUAGCAGACACACCAGAAAUGCAGAGAGUCCGUGAGAAUCAAAAGAACUUUAGCACACUUCAGUAUCAGUGGGACCUACAGAACAGUAAAGGAAAAGUUACCGUUGUACAAGACACACCAGAAAUGCUGCGUGUGAAAGAAAACCAGAAGAAUUUCAGCUCGAUUUUAUAUAAAGAAGAUGUUGGAACUGGAACUACUAUUGAAAAGACACCAGAGAUGCAGAGAGUUAAACAAACCCAGGAUGCAAUUAGCUCGAUUAAAUACAAGGAGAAUAUUGGAAAAGGAACUCCAAUUCCUGAUCUCCCAGAAGUGAAACGUGUCAAGGAGACACAGAAGCACAUCAGUUCGGUAUUGUACAAAGAGGACCUAGGGACAGGUAUCCCAACACCUGUCACUCCAGAAAUAGAGAGAGUCAAACGCAAUCAAGAACACAUUAGCUCGGUGUUAUACAAAGAGGGCUUAGGGACUGGCAUCCCCACUCCGGUUACUCCAGAGAUGGAGAGAGUCAAACGCAAUCAAGAGAACAUUAGCUCGGUGUUGUACAAAGAGGGGCUGGGGAUUGGAACCCCAGUACCUGUAACUCCUGAGAUGGAGAGGGUCAAACGCAAUCAAGAAAAUUUUAGCUCGGUGUUGUAUAAAGAAAACAUAGGGAAAGCAACCCCAACACCUGUCACUCCUGAGAUGGAAAGAGUCAAACGCAAUCAAGAAAUCAUUAGCUCGGUGUUGUACAAAGAAAACUUGGGGCGAGCGACCCCCACACCUAUCACUCCAGAGAUGGAGAGAGUCAGACGCAAUCAAGAACACAUUAGCUCGGUUUUGUACAAGGAACACCUGGCAAAAGGAACUCCAACACCAAUGACUCCAGAGAUGGAGAGAGCUAAACGCAAUCAAGAAAACAUCAGCUCAGUUCUUUAUUCGGAUAGUUUCCGAAAACAAGUACAAGGCAAAGCUGCGUAUGUACUGGAUACACCUGAAAUGCGGCGUGUACGAGAGACCCAGAAACAUAUCUCUACAGUGAAAUAUCAUGAAGAUUUUGAGAAGAGCAAAGGUAGUUUCACACCUGUAGUUACCGACCCCAUUACAGAACGUGUGAAAAAGAACAUGCAGGACUUCAGUGACAUUAGCUACAGGGGCAUUCAAAGGCGAGUAGUAGAAAUGGAGCGAAAGCGCGUGGACCAGGAUCAAGAGAAUCUCACAGGUCUUCGUGUGUGGCGCACUAAUCCCGGGUCAGUCUUUGACUACGACCCAGCAGAAGACAAUAUUCAGUCCCGAAGCUUACAUAUGAUCUCUGUCCAAGCCCAGCGCCGUAGCCGGGAGCACUCCCGCUCUGCCAGUGCCUUGAGCCUCAGUGGUGGCGAUGAAAAAUCCGAGCCCUCAGACGGCGUAGAUCAACAUUUAUCCUACUACAGCAACGCGGGCUUCUUCACCACAACUGCAACAGUGGGCUACAAGCAUGCUAAAACUAUAGAGUUACCACAACAACGCUCAUCGUCAGUUGCCACCCAGCAAACAACGGUAUCAUCGGUUCCUUCUCACCCAUCUACUGCUGGCAAGACCUACCGGGCCAUGUAUGACUACAUGGCAGCUGAUGCUGACGAGGUUUCCUUCAAAGAUGGUGACACAAUUGUAAACGUACAAGCAAUUGAUGAAGGCUGGAUGUACGGGACUGUCCAGAGAACCGGCAAGACUGGCAUGCUCCCAGCCAACUACGUAGAAGCUGUCUAAACCAAAGCAUGUCUUUCCAUAAAGCAUAUCUGCAUGGCACAGACAUGCUGGCGCUUCUCAACGUGUAAGCCUUGGAAAAGGGUUUGUAACACUUUUUCCAAAGUGCCUUAUUGUCUUCCAUGGUGAUAGUGCCUUAUGAACCACGAUGUGGAAAAAAAAAAAAAAGAAAAGAAAAGUAACUGCAGAGCAAAACACUCAUGAAACAUCCUUUCAAAACAUGAAACGUGCUUAUGAAAACUGUAUUUCUUCUAGUGUCAAAAAAAAAAAGGUUUUAAACACUGCCUGGACUUUCAAACAUUUCAACACUGCAUACCACCGCAGGGUUUAACUACGCUAGAACUGCAAUCCAGUUUGGUAUCUCUGAAAUUCUAUACGUGUACUUAAGACUAAGACUACCACGUAUUACUUUAUUCAUUCUCCCACAAAGACAGCAUUUUUCUGGGCUAUUCUAAAAUGUUUGAAUGUAUUCACUUCUUUUCCAUAUAAGCAACAUUUAAGCUUAGUAUCUCAAACCAACAUUUAGCUGGGAGGGGGAAACAAACCCAAACACCUCUCCUCCUGCUUGCCAAGCUCUUAUGCAUGUGUUUUUCAUGCAACUGUUCUGGGGUCAAAAGCUGUUAUUACUUGUAAAUUAGUGACUAAAUAAAGCUAACGUUUCUGCAGU